GAUUUGUUCAGAUCUACAUUGAAACCUGUUCAAUCAGUCAUUGACGACUCGGGCUUACAGAAACAAGAUAUCAAUGAAAUCGUUCUCAUUGGUGGAUCCACUCGUAUCCCCAAAAUACAACAGUUGGUGAGAGAUUUUUUCGGCGGAAAGGAGCCAUCUCGUGGUAUAAAUCCUGACGAAGCUGUUGCCUAUGGAGCUGCGGUACAGGGUGGCAUACUAGCUGGGGAAACGUGGACAAGGGCCAUUGAAGUUUUGGAUAUCACUUCAUUGGCUCUAGGAUUUGAAAUUGUUGGCGGUGAACUGACCGAACUUAUUCCCAAAAAUACUCGAAUCCCGACGAAAAAGUCAAAAUUCUUCUUUCUGGAUAAAUUCCGGCCAUCAGUCACGAUUAGAGUAUUUGAAGGCGAACGUCCGAUGACGAAAUAUGGUCAACCAUUUAGUGUAUUAGAUGUGGGUGUGGCACAAGUUGACGUAAUAUUCAAG